UGUUCAUGUAGCGCCAGUCUCCCGCCAGAGGUUGUUGAGAGGGGAAGUCAGGGUGACAGGGACCGCCAAUUGCCCUUCAGCCACAAACAGGAGAAACAAACCCACACUUCUUUGAGCACGAUGGGCAUCGAGGUGUGGCUACUGAUAGCAACAGUGGUGCUGCUGGUAGUGGCAUACUUCACGCGGCGACGAACCUACUGGUCCUCGAGAGGUGUGCCCUCCCCGCCUGCCACGCCCAUCAUUGGUCACUUCCAUAAGGGAAUAUUUGUCUCCAAAAGGUUAUGGGAGUUCUUUGAUGAGAAUUAUACCAAGUUUUACAAUUCUAUGAUGUUUGGCCUCUAUGAAUUCAAUACACCUGCUUUGGUUACAUGGGACACCGAGAUAAUGAGACAUGUUUUCAUUAAGGAUUCUGACCAUUUCAUUGACCGAAGAGAUGUCAAUAUGAGGACUGGCCAAAAGAGAGAUGAAGUGAUGUCAGAAAUGUUGUCUAUCAAAAAAGGUGCCGAGUGGAAGAGUCUGCGGUCCAUCAUGACACCUACUUUCACUUCAGGCAAAAUCAAAAGCAUGUUUCCUUUGGUGUGCGACAAGGCCGAUGCUCUCGUCAAGUUCUCAAAGAAACAAGCAGCAGGUGGCUCCUGUGUAGACAUGAAGGAAAACUUUGGGGCAUACACUUUGGACACAAUUGCUUCCUGUGCCUUUGGCAUUGAAUGUAACUCUCUGGAGGAUAGUAAUGGUGAAUUUACAGCCAAGGUCAAAGUGUUCUUUAAAGGAGGCCUUGGCACAUUGUUUAAAGGCAUAUUUUUUUACUGGAUGCCAAGACUUUUCAAAUUACUUAACUUAUCUUUAAAUCCUCCGGAGGUGGACUUCUUUAUCGAUGUUGUAGAGCAGGCUAUAGUAUCCAGAAAGGCGGGCAUGAAGCGUGGAGACUUUCUGGACCUACUAAUAGAGGCAAGAGACCAACCUGACAAUCCUAACAGUAACCACGUCAUGACUGACCUCGCUAUGGUGUCCCAAAGUGUGCUUUUCAUCAUUGCUGGAUAUGACACCACUGCCUCCUUGCUGGCCAAUUCUUCCUUCCUGCUAGCUAAGAACAAAGUCCACCAACAGCGCCUCCGAAAUGAGUUGCAGCAGAUGAUUGCAGAGCAUGGCAAAAUCACCUACCAGGGAAUCAUGGAGGCCAAAUUUCUUGAUGCCUGCCUCCAAGAAUCACUCCGACUGUAUCCUCCAGCUACAAUGAUAGAGCGUCUUUGCACAAAAAGUUAUAGGCUACCUGGCACCGACCUGAUUAUGAAGCCAGGAAACCUCGUGCAGUUUCCCACAUGGAGCAUCCACCACGAUCCCAACAACUGGCCAGACCCUGAGGCGUUCAUUCCAGACCGCUUCAUGCCUGAGAACAAAGGCAACAUCAAACCCUUCACACACUUGCCCUUUGGGAUGGGUCCUAGAAAUUGCAUAGCUAUGCGAUUUGCACUGAUGGAGGCCAAGGUAGCCCUGUCCAAGCUGCUGCUGGAGGUGGAGUUGGAGGUUGCACCAGGCCAUGAGGAGAUGGUUCUGGAGACAGUAAAUGGCUUGUUGCGUCCCAAGGAAGGUGUAAUGCUGCUGUUGAAGCCAAUCAAGGAAGAAUGAAUUAAGAAUGCCUCAACUUUCAGACCAGAUUUUCAUCGUUCCCCUCUGCUAUGGUUCCACCAUCCAUAGUGAUUCAUGUGACUGUAGCAAAUAUUCAUUUUCAGAUACCAUUUCCACCAUUCAAUUUUUCUUCCAGAAUUGAAUUAUUCAAAAUAAUCAUGCAUGCAAUGCAAGUUUGUAAAAAUAUUAAUAUUUGGAGAUGUUAUCACAGAGAAUGAUAGAUAGAAUAUUAUUAAAAUGGUGGUCGGCUGGAAUAAAGAAGUUAAUCAUCAA